GUGAGGUUAAGGUGUAGUUGAUCUGUUUUCAUAUUUCCUAGUUUUUCUCCAAUUUAAUUAUUUUAUAAUGGAAGACAGCAGAUUUACUCAUAUUAAAACGGAUCCAAAGUUUCGACGGAUACCGAAAAAGGAAAGGAAAGUUAAAAUUGACAAGAGAUUCCAGUCUAUGUUCAAUGACAAAAAAUUUAAGGUGAAGUACACAAUAGAUAAACGAGGCAGACCAGUAAAUCACACAUCUAACGAAGAUUUAAAACGCUACUACGAACUUAGUUCUGAAUCAGAAAGCUCCAUAAGUGAAUCGGAAAAUGAAGAACCAACUGAGGUUGGUAAAUACGUAAAGAGACCUCCAGAUAAUGAAGACAGUGAGCUCAAAGUAAAAGAUAAAUCAGAUAAGGUUCUAACCGAUGACGUGAAGAAGAAAUUGCGCGAUCUGAGUGUAGAUUACGCUAGAGGAGAAUCAAAUUUACUUUCUGAAAGCUCCUCAGAUGAUGAAGAAUCAGAGGAAGAAGUCUCAGAGGCUGAAGACAUUGACCACAAGUGGGGAGAAUUAGAUGCCGAUGCUGAAAGUACAGAGGAACCGACGUGUAGAUUGGCAGCCUGUAAUAUGGACUGGGAUAGGAUGAGGGCAAUAGAUUUAAUGGUUCUUUUCAACUCCUUCCUUCCACCAGGGGGAGUCAUAAAAUCUGUAGCUAUAUAUCCGUCUGAGUUUGGCAAGUCCCGAAUGAAAGAAGAAGAGAUUAAAGGUCCUACAGAGCUAGUGCAAGCAAAAGCAGAUGAUGAUGAUGAAGCUGAGGAAGAUAAAGAGGAGGGAUCGAGCUAUCAUAUGGAGAAGUUGAGGCAGUAUCAGCUUAAUAGGCUUAAAUAUUACUAUGCGAUUAUAUCAUUUGAUAGUCCUGUUUCUGCAAACAAAAUUUAUACUGAAUGUGAUGGUAUGGAGUAUGAAUCAAGUGCUAUAAAGAUGGAUUUAAGAUUUGUGCCUGAAGAUAUGGAAUUUGAUGAUGAUCCAAAGGAAUAUUGUGAUAAAUUGCCAGAAGUUAAUAAAUAUCAGCCAAGAUUUUUCACAACCACAGCUCUUCAACAAGCAAAAGUGGACCUUACAUGGGACGAGACUGAUCCCAACAGAAUAGAAGUCACAGAGAAAUUAAGUUCUGGCAAAUUGGAUGACCUAUCACAGAAAGACCUACAGAAUUAUCUCGCCAGUAGUAGCGGUGAAGAAAACAGUGAUGUAGAAGAAAAGGAACAGUCCGAAGAUGAAGAGGAAAGUAAGGAAAAUGUUAUAGAUAAAUACAAGGCUUUGCUAUUAGAUAUAGAGAACAAGGAUGCGAGUAAAAAGGAUAAGGAUUUAGAAAUGGAGAUAUCUUGGGGAAUUAAUUUGAAGGAGAAAACCGAUAAGCUAGUUAAAGAUAAGAGUUCUGAGGAAAAAACACCAUUCCAACAAUAUUUAGACAAGAAAAAGGAGAAGAGGAAAGAGAAGAAAAAGAAGAAAAAAGAACAGAAGCAGGAUGAUGAAGAUUCAGAUGAUAUGCCAUCAGACAUUGAUGUCAAUGAUCCUUACUUUGCAGAAGAACUUAACAACCCUGAGUUUAAGAAACCUAAAAAACAGAAGGAAAAAUUGUCCAACAGCGAUGAUGAAGAUGAUCAAAAACAGUCAGAACUGGAGCUGUUAUUGAUGAACGAUGAUGACAAAAAACAUUUUUCUUUGAAGAAAAUACAAGAGAGUGAAAGCGAUAAGAAGUCAAAAAAGAAAAGGAAGAACAAAAACAAAGAUGAUCAAAAGCCUGGAGAAGAUUUCGAAGUUAAUGUUAAAGAUGAAAGAUUCUCUGCUCUAUUUACCAGCCAUCACUAUAAUAUUGAUCCUACUGAUCCGCACUAUAAAAAAACUAAAGCUAUGGAAACAUUAGUGAACGAAAAGUUGAAACGCAGGGCUGAAAAUGGACAAGAGGAGGUAGCAGUGAAGAAACCUAAAUACAAAAAUGCCGAAUUAAGCUCUUUGGUGAAGUCAGUUAAAAGGAAAACCAGUGAGUAUAUGAAUAAAUGAUUUAAAAAUGC